GUGUCGUGAUUGCAAAGGAGAAAACUGUAAAGAUAACAGCAUCUCUUACUGGGCGCUGAGACGUCCUAUAGCCAACUCACCAACAGACAGAGAAGACUGUGAUCAAGGGAUCAGUUGGUUAUGAAAUGGAUUGCAAUUUAGUUGGAUUCCUAAAGUUGCGCUUAUAUGAUUGAAUUGAAUGUAAAGAGCAGUGCUAACCUUAUAUUUGGAACUUCACAUCAGACGUUUCGAAUACAAAGCCAGCGUACCGGUGAGAUACGUUUGAUAACUAUGAGUGGUUUGCAAAGGAUAUGGACUGUAAUAAUUCGUUUUGAUACGUUUGAAAACGCGGUAGAGCCAUUCAUUUAGUGAUCAUUUCAAAUUCGCCGGUCAAGACCAAAACCUCUGGAAUUGUGUUUUAGAUGAGAAAUGGACUAAUAGUGAGUUGACAAAAAUGACCCAAGCCUAACAGGGCUGGAGAUUAAGCAAAUAACAUAAUAUCUGCAAUAAUCAUUAGCUCUUGACAGCAACAUCUUUUGGAAUGCAAAAACUACAUGGACUGUUUUGGAUUACCGUAAUUUGUGCAUCAAUCAUCGUCCCAUGUGUAUUCCCAGUGGCGCAUAGUAGGAUCAUUACCGUGAUACUUGUGAAGUAGCCUAACCCUCUAAUUUUGCGCUCUGUAUUCAGGAACCACAAUUCCUUUCCAGCGUGCUUUGGAAUUACAGUCUCAAAAAUAGAAAAUGAGAAGAUAUAAUCUCACACUGGCUUGUUUAAUGGCUUGCAUACUUUCAAUCCGCGGUACCUUGGGGACAACGCGGGCGCGCAUAACUGGGGCAGAGAGUCAAACCGUCACCCAGGAGUCGUGCGCAUCGUGUGGGUUGCCGGAGGCGUCAGAACGGGUGGACAUAGACCUUCUGGAGGCAGUUAAGAGGCACAUAUUGAACAGGUUACAAAUGAGAGAAAGACCCAACAUCACUCAUCCUAUUCCCAAGGCUGCAAUGGUUACAGCGCUGAGGAGGCUUCACGCCGGUAAGGUACGGGAAGACGGGAGGGUUGAGAUCCCCAACCUUGAUGGACAAGCUUCCUACAGUAACGAGGUGCAAGGGGAGACGUCGGAGAUAAUCAGUUUUGCAGAAUCGGAUGAGCUGGCUUCAUCUCAAGCCUCGAAGUCCAGCCUCCACUUCCUCAUCUCCAGUGAAGGGAACCAGAACCUGCAUGUGUCUCAGGCCAACCUGUGGCUCUACUUCAGGCUGCUGCCCACCGGCUCCGAGAAAGGGCCUCGACGGAAAGUCACAGUUAAAAUCCACUACCAUGAGGCAGGAACUGGAGCUUCAGGUGGAGCCAGGGGAGGAACAGGGCCAGGGGCAGGGGGAGGAGGUCGGUGGACCCUACUGGAGAAGCGUGUGGACCUAAAGCGCAGCGGCUGGCACACCUUCCCUCUGUCAGAGGCAGUGAGGGCCCUGUUUGGUAAGGGCGGCCGGCGGCAGGACCUGGAGGUGCGUUGUGAGGGCUGUGAGGCAUUCAACGUGGUUCCUAUCUUAGUUGACCCAGCAGAACCCUCACACAGGCCCUUUCUGGUGGUCCGGGCACGACAGGUGGAAGGGAACCACCGCAUCAGGAAGAGGGGGCUGGAGUGUGACGGGAGCAGUGGAGGCCUGUGCUGCAGACGACAGUUCUACAUAGACUUUCGCCUUAUUGGCUGGAACGACUGGAUCAUCGCACCCGCGGGUUACUACGGUAACUACUGCGAGGGAAGCUGUCCGGCGUACAUGGCGGGGGUACCGGGGUCGGCGUCAUCGUUCCACACGGCGGUGGUCAACCAGUACCGGAUGAGGGGCAUGAGCCCCGGCUCGGUCAACUCCUGUUGUAUCCCCACCAAGCUCAGUACCAUGUCUAUGCUGUACUUCGACGAUGAGUACAACAUAGUAAAACGAGACGUGCCCAAUAUGAUAGUGGAAGAGUGUGGCUGUGCCUGAGUGUCUGUGACUUCUUAAACUUUGAAAGUUAAAUCAAACGACGAUAGUCAAAAUGUCUUGUACAAAAAUACCUUUUUGUAUGACACACAUAUAAAUAUAUAGUUAUAUGGAAGCACACCAACAGGUACACACAAACAAGAUGUAUUUAUGGUUUGUUGUAUUUAUCUGGCUGAGCGAGGCCAGACUCUGUCCAUUCCAUAUUAAGAACUUAAGAACGGUUCCAGAGUUUUGGGAAGAGAGGGAAAUGGUUGAUCACCAAAUGAUAAAACUUUUCUAGUUUGCCAUUUCUAGAGGAAAAAUAAUGGUCCUUCAUCUCUUCUCUGAUGAAGAUGGAAAGAAAAGCGCUUAAGGAAGCAGCACACCAGGACAUUGACAAAACAAAAGCACUGACAAUGACAAUUCAUCAGCUUCUAUAAUUCAGAAACACCAGCACUUCCAUAAACAAUGUCAUAAAGACACUGUGACUGUCUGAUCCUGUGGAAUUAUAACAUAAACUGUAUCAGCAAGCGCUUAUUAUUGAAUAAAGCUUUUCCAGGACUACACUCCUGUCCAAGUGAGGUAAUGACACAACAUUGACAUAUUGUUGUUGACAUUGGACCACGUUCCUUCCUCCUGCUUGUGUAAGUGUCUGUCUGUCUGUCUGUCUGUCUGUCUGUCUGUCUGUCUGUCUGUCUGUCUCUGUCUGUCUGUCUGUGACCAUGCUGCAAGCAAUCGCUCAAUGAGUUCAAAGGUGAAGAUGGACCUUUGUGCAAACUGCACAACAUACACUUAAUCCUGAGAACAGAGAGUCCCCACUGCCCCUACUUGUUCUGAUAAAGUGGACCUCUAAGUGGUGAUGAGUUUUUUGUUUUGGCCCAACAGGGCAUGAUGUUGCAGUACAGCACUUGCAGACUAAACUCUAAAUGCACACUCCCACUCCUAAUAGCACUUGCAUAUUGAAAUGCCUUCAAAGUGGUACUGAGUGUCCUGUCAUAAAUAAGUGCCACAUGAUCUAUGCAAUGUAUAGUAACCCACCCAUGCCCACCC